CAAAGCCGUGUACGCCCACUGUAUAUGUUACACACCUAACGUAAAUGGUUAUCCUCUUAACUCUGAGGUAAUACAUGAACCCACAUGUGUGUGAUGACUGCACUGAUUUGGAGCGUCUUCGUUCCGACGACGGGGAAACGUAAAACAUAAAUGAGGUUCGCCUACAAUUCCCAAAUCCGACGCUCGUCUCUGAUUGGAUGCGUGGCGCUGUCAGUCAGAGGUAGGCUCCUACCCCUGCGCUCCAACAGUAAAUAUUUGUGUUUGCUCAGCCGGCUGUAAUGGUGGACGACUGAGAAAGGGAAGGGGAGAAACACACUCGGAUAAAAUUGAAUCCCAGGCACGAACACUACCGUCCGCGGCUCGGAAACACACUCCGGCGAACAUGGAUGAACUAAAACAUCAAGUGAUGAUAAACCAGUUCGUCCUGACAGCUGGAUGCGCCGCAGACCAGGCCAAGCAGCUUCUGCAAGCGGCACACUGGCAGUUUGAGACAGCCCUCAGUGCCUUUUUCCAAGAGACUAAUAUCCCAUACGGUCACCAUCAUCAAAUGAUGUGUACACCAGCAAACACACCGGCGACUCCACCUAACUUCCCUGAUGCACUCACCAUGUUCUCCCGUCUCAAGGCAUCAGAAAGCUUCAGCAGCAGCAGCAGCCCUAGUAUGGCUCCAUGGCCACCUCUUCCCCUCCCACCGGUCAGCUGGGGUAUGACUCCACCCGUGGCCAGCCAGCAAGGAUUUGGACUCAGGGCCCUCCGGGCACACAGGCCCACCCUACCCCAGGGUGGCCAUCCACUGUCAACCAGCAAGCAGCUGCCGAACAGAAGGCCAGUGUGGCCAUGGAGGCUGAGAGAUGAGGAGCAGGACUGCGUGGCUCCUCUUCCUGCUCUCACUGGGCAUCUCUGUACACUGUUCUGUCCUGGUGAUAAAGACUCUUCGGCAAAGCUUGGAGGUAAAAACUACAGUUAUGUGAUAGAUGAUCCAUUGGAUGAUCAUUACAGGAUUUACUUUGGCAGUGAACAGAGAGAAAUGAUGACACUUGAAGAGGACCAAAUAGAGAUGGACUCCACUGAGAUGUGGUACAUCAUGACCAGAGUGCAGCAGCUCAAGAGUCGGCGCAGUCUUCUGCUGGAGCUGCAGGAGUUCCUGAAAAAAAACUCCAAAGAAGGUGAUUUCUGUCCGAAAGAUGACCAAGGGCUGUAUGAGCUGGAGAAAAUAGAAAAAGAGCUCCAGAGCUUGUCUGAGAAAGAGAGCGAGUUGACAAGCAGAAAGGGUUUGCAGGAAAAACACUCCACCACAACCACAGAAAUUACAAAGGAAUCAUCUGUCAUUGACCAGAGCCCAUCUGAUGAAGAGCUGAAUCCCACUUUAUCUGAUCCAGAGUUGUUAGAGGUGAAGGACUUGGCCUUUUCUCCAGCUAUGGUGCAGUGUCCCACCUGCAAGCAGCAUGUUACCACUGAGAUUCAGCACAAAGUGGGCAAAACUUCCUUUCUCCUCUGCUAUUUCUCCACGUUGCUGGGCUGUGUAGCCGGAUGCUGCCUGCUGCCUUUUGUUCUAAACUACUUCAAAGACACCUGCCACUUUUGUCCCUCCUGCCAUACGGAAAUCCAGAUCGUCCCCCGGAUCUAAAAGUGUCCACAGUAAACCGUUACCUCACUGAAGCUUAUUUUGCUGUGAAGAUUUAUACUAGACACUGUAGAAUUACUGCUGAUUGCAUAUCUGAUAUCACAGAAUAUUACAU